AUGACCACGAUCAAGCGGGAGCACGACAAGCAGCAGGUGGAAACGCUGCCCAGUAGUCAUCGAAAUGAGAUCGCAGGGCAGCCAGCCAUCACAGCAGGAGAGAUCCAGGUUGAACGGGACCCUUUCUGUGUCCGAAUCUUGAAAGCUCGGAUGCAAGAGGGGCUGUUGCCUCGCUGUGAGAUCGUCCCUGAAGUUUGCACCUACAAUCCCUUUGGUCGCGGCCUUGAUGCAGAGAUCUUGACUGGAGGGUUUCCCUGCCAGGAAUGCUUGAAGGUCGAGAUUGACAUCGAUGCGCCAUGGAAUGAGGGCGCCCGGCUUGAGGUUGAAGAUUGGUUGACGUCCAGCCAGAGCAAUGAGGAUCGUCAGCGGCUGUUUUGCAUGGGAAAUAUUGUGGUCCCCUUGCGGGCAAAAAUUGGCUUGGGUGUCAUCGCCGACAUUCAAGCCAAGACCGCCGAAGUCUAG